CAGAUACUUUGCAAUCAGUGGGCAACUAUGCAAUUCUUCAUUUAUUUUUUGGCUAUAUCGAUUUCAUUUACAGUUUCCAUUUCAGAGGGAUCAUUCAUACUACCAGAAAAUGAAGCUCCUACAACAGCACCAAAAUUUUUGUCUAGGGGCCACCUUUACAAAGUAAUAGUAGGCGAAACAAUUGAAUUACCAUGUAAAGUUCAAAAUCUUGGUUCAUACGUAUUACUAUGGAGAAAAGGCUCUUCCGUGCUCACUGCUGGCCAUUUAAAAAUUACAAGAGAUCAGAGAUUUAAGAUUGGUGCAGACUACAACCUUCAGAUAAAUGGAGUUAAGACUCAAGAUGCCGGCGACUACAUAUGUCAGCUUGGAGACCAGGAAAAUCGAGAUCAGGUCCACACGGUGGAAAUCUUAGUUCCGCCAACGUUGAGGGCCCUUCCACAUAAUGGUCAAGUAACUGCGCGAAAGGGAAGCACAGUUACACUUGAGUGUAAAGCAUCAGGCAAUCCUGUUCCAACAAUAUACUGGUUUAAGAAAGACGUUUACUCUGGGCCAACUCAUUUAUCAGACAGUUCAACAUUGAUUUUAGAAAAUGUCGAUAGACAUCACGCAGGGACAUAUCAAUGUUCCGCCGAUAAUGGUGUUAAAGAAAGAGUAUCAAUGGAUAUACAGCUAACUAUAUUAUCACCUCCUGAAAUUACGGUAGAGAAAGCUUGGGUUCACGCUGCAGAAGGAUAUGAUAUAGAGCUAGUGUGUGUGGUUCAUGGGGAUGUAAAUUCUGAAAUGCUGUGGUACCAGAACUCGUUCCUACUGGAUCCAACUGAUCGACGUUCCAUGUAUCCUCAUGAUGAUAGAUACAGUCUCAUUAUUCGAAAUUUCCAACAAACUGAUUUUGGAAACUAUAGUUGUGUUGCCGACAAUGCGCUGGGACGUACAAAGAAAUACAUUGAGGUUUCUGGAAGACCAGGUCCAGCUGAUUUUAUCUCGCCAGCCUUAAGUGGCUUUUUAGAUCAUUAUAACUUGACUUGGACUAUAGAGUCGAUACCCCCUCUAGAAGAAAUUAAGUUAUUGUACCGGAGGCUGCUGAUGAACGAAACCUACCAGCAUCCCGGUAAAUGGCACGAAUAUCAUAUAAAACCUAUUCCGAUUCGGACAGACGGUACACAUUAUUUAAUGUCAUACGUCAUACGGAACCUGGAACAUAAUGCUGUCUAUGAGGCAAUAGUGCAAGCUAAAAACAAAUAUGGAUGGAAUGAGAUCAGUGAUAUUCAUCAGUUCUAUACACGCAAUCAUGAUCUUCUCCUGGACAUAGAUAUGGAAUAUAAAAUGGGCAUUUCAAGUUGCAAUCGAUUAGCAAUCACCAUGGAUGUUAUAAUUUUACUAUAUAGUAUUUUUAUUUUAUCGGUCAAGAUUAUUAUUUAAAAAUAUUUAAUCAUUUGCAAAUCUAAGUUCAAAGGUGCCUUACUAUGUAUUUAGAAUAUGUACAUAUUUAUAAUAUUUAGUAGAUAUU